GGUGUAGCAACAACAAAGGCCUCGCGCGGCGAGGUGACAGGGUGUUCGAUCGGGGAGGGAAAUCGAAAGAUGGAAGCCGACGGCCGCUUCCCAAGGAAGCAAUGAUGAGAAAUAAAACAUAACUUCUUGCGUUUUAUAUUAUCUCAAGAAACAAAAUCAUGGAAAAGUGUUUGAAGCUGCAUAGUCCGGCUGGCUCGGAUCCAAUCUAUUAUGAAUGGCCGCUGGUUAUAACAAAUACACGCGAUGAAGCCGCUGAAAUAAUCGAAUCUAUAAGGUGGGUCUGUGAAGACUUUCCAGAGCUGAGAUUUGCCUUUCAAAACAUCAUCAUGAAGGAAUAUGAUUCCAGCUGCUUCGAAAGUAUGACACAACUUUGUAAUAGAUACAACAAAGCAAUUGAUAGCAUAUUGCAAUUGUGGAAAGGCAGGGCACCACCUCCGAAGAUGUUCAAAAGACCUGGAAGAGAGCUCCUGAGGCAUGUUAUCAAUCUGUGCUAUAAUCAUGCAGUUUGUGAACCAGAGAAACUGAACAUUUAUGAACCGUUCUCACCUGAGGUAUAUGGUGAAACAUCGUUUGACAUGAUUUGCCAAAUGCUAGAUGAAGCCAAUAUUAGACCUCAAGACACAUUUAUGGAUCUAGGAAGUGGAGUUGGUCAAGUUGUUCUCCAAGUUGCUGCGUCAAUAAAUUGCAAAGAAUGCUACGGAAUCGAGAAGGCUGACACACCGGCAGACUUUGCAGUUGCUAUGGAAAAAGAAUUCAAAAAGUGGAUGAGCUGGUUUGGCAAAAUUUAUUCUCCAUUCAAGCUUGAGAAAGGCGAUUUCUUGAGAGACGAGACAAAGACCCGUAUUGUAGAGACAAACGUGAUCUUUGUAAACAACUUUGCGUUCGGCCCGAAAGUCGACCAUCAACUCAAAAUUCGAUUUCAAAGUUUAAAGGAAGGUGCCAAAGUUGUCUCUUCACGUGAAUUCUGCCCCAUCAACUUCAAAUUCAAUAGCCGGAAUCUUUCAGAGCUAGGAGCAAUGAUGAGAGUCACAGAGCUCAAGCCUCGAAAUCAGUCAGCCUCUGUUUCAUGGACUGGGAAAGGCGUAUCGUAUUAUUUGCACAUCGUAGAUAGAACACGGCUUGAAAAAUAUUUCAGUAUUUUGAAGAAGAAAAAGCAAGGACUUCCGCUUGACGAUGACGAAAGAUCAAUUUGCUCUGAGUCAAACAACAGUAGCAUGUUUGAAAAUGGAGUCGAUGGGACCGAUGAGCCUGAGAGACUAGAAGACAACUUAGAUGCGUUGUACCUCGGCGCCACGACGAGGCAUCAGUGGCAAGUGCUUGUAUCAACCCUUGCUGCAAGCAAAAAGGAACACGCGGAGAAGAAAGCAAAGGAUAAGAGGGACUUAGAAUUGUCUAAAGGCAUUAAACUUAAUAAGAAGCUGCUGAAGUUGAACAGGAGUCAUCCACAAAACUUGCAAGGGAAACUGAAGAAGAAGAUAAUCGAGAAAUACGAGAAACAGAAACGAAAGAAAGAAAUACUUAGGGAGAAUCCUUCGCACUUGAAACCCGGUCCUGGGAGGCCAUCGAAGAGAAAACCAGAAGAAGUUAAAAAGCGUCCAGUUGGCCGUCCGAAAUUGCUGGCCAUAGAUGAAAGCACAAUAAGUGAUGACCUUGAUCAGUAUUUUGCAUCAAUGAAAGAACAGUACAUGGCGUUUAUCAAAAGGAUGAAUACGAAAGAGUAUGCUCACAAAGUCAGCGUCAUGAUUGAAUACGAAAAGAUGAAGAGAAGUCUUCUCCAAGAAGAAGUCUCGAAAACAGAACGUCAGGUACAAGGGCUAAUAAACGAUGGUCUACAGUUGUUCACAAAAAGAAUAGACGAGUUAAACAUCGCAGUAGAGACUCCCAAAGAUCUUUUAAAUAAAUCGAAAGCAUUGUCCGUCAAACAGCGUAGCCUUCAAGACCAAAUGCUCGCGAUGGAGUCUGAUGUUUUCUUCCUCGAGGACAAGUACAAGAAAAUGUGUCGGCAAAAGGACAUUGACACGGGCUUUGAAAAUAGUCUUGUUGUCAAACCAGAGGUCUCAGCAGAUACGGUCGAUCCAGAUGGUGCAAAUCUUCCAACCAAGCUCUGUAGUGCAAUUAUUGACUCGUUGAAUCACAGAAGAAGUUUACUGGAUGAGUUUAAAGAUGUCAAAGAACAAGUGUCCCUCCUGGAAAAGGUUUCUGAUCACACUGGCAAUCGCGACAGCAAGAGAAAGAUAGCUGUUGGUGUCGAUGAGCCUGUUUCAAAGCGAAAGAAGGAUGUUGAUGAUGAUAAAGCCAAGACGAAACCUGUUGCUUUAGUUCCACCUAGAAUGCACGCCGCCAGUUCUGAUGUAUUUUUCGAAGCCGCACAGCCUGGAAAACGGAGCAAGCAAAAAAGGAAAAAUAAAGAUGCUUGCACUCCCCCUCUUCAUGGUCCAGAAAGGUCAGAGGAACCCACACAGAUAAGUAACCAUAGGCAUUCAUUUCCACCAGAUAUGGCAUCUCGCUUUUUCGAUCGUGACUAUCCCGUGAAUUCGCCUCAUGUUCCACGUUUUAUGCCAGACGAUCGUGCUUAUGCAGUUUAUCGGUCAUCGCUGCGUUACUAUCCUCAAAAUCCAGACCAGAUAUCAACUCAUAGCUACAAACCAGAACAUGGGCCUCCUUUCGACCGAUAUCCAAGCGUUGAUACAUACAACCAGGACUUACCUAGGCCUGAAUCACGUGGUUAUUACUUUGAUCAUGAGCUGAACCGUGCUUAUACCCAAGGUAACAGUGCUUUUUACAAUGCUACUCGUUCGUUGUUGGAGAUGAACAAUGGCGAUGGCCAUUCAAUUGCGAAGAUGAACUCGAACAACUCUGAGAGCCUCAAUUCGAGUUUCCCUCAACAGGUUUCGUCUACUGCACCUUUCUGGCAACAGUAUGCAAACCUUGCCAAGUCCUUCACCAGUAAGGAUGCCCCCGCGCCUUCAAGCGCGUUUUCGGAAUCAAAACAAUCUGAUGGAAGCUGCACAGAUACCGCUUCAAUUUCGUCACAAGAAGAGCUCAGCACACGUGACUCGCUCAAAUCUCCAAGCUCUUCGAAGCGACGACGCCCGUCUUCGACACACUCUUUGCCAGUGACAAAAUCUGAACGCUCGUUCAAAGAUCCAUUGAAAUCUUCAACUCCAAAUGCAGGAGGCGUGCCAAGCAAAAUAAAAAAGGGGAGCAGCGACCAUAACUCGAAAGUCAAUAGCAUAAAACAGCAGUCAGGACCAACUGAAUUUGCGCAUGCAUUGAAAAAGCCACCUCCAUUUAAAGCAGAAGCGUCUACCAAACAUUAUUUUACUCAGUCGGCAAUUUCCUCAUUUCCUCAUUUUGCCAAGAAAGUGGGCGUGCAAGGCAGUUCUGUAAAUACAGCUCUUGCUUCUCAGAAAUUGACAGAAGACAAGGUCGCUGAAAGGGGACAGUUGAAAUCAACACCACAACAAUCGCCAAAGUCCUCCUCGACUAUGACUCCGAUUUUGACUUCCAACGAGCAAGGCUUGGCGAUGACUAACGGUAGUAAUGAUGUUGUAGCAAGUAAGUCUGUAUUGAAGGAUACUUUAGGAGUUUCUACAGCGCAGUCAGCCACAGAUUAUAAUGUUUUAAAACAAUUAGGAAAGCAAAUCGCACUAAAAAAUGGGACAAUGCGCACAAAGGUGUUGUUAAGCGAUCUGUCAUUACCAAUAUCACCGAAGCUUUUUUCCCCGCCAAUAAUGACCUACAACCAAAUAAUGCACGUACCGAGCAGUGAUAAAGAAAAAACCUUGGCAAUGGCAGCGCAGACCAAGAAAACAAUAGUUCUAGGGACCGCUGCUGUUGCCGGGCAGGCAAAGGGAUGCACUGGUUACGAAGCAUCUGCCAAGGGCACAGCUGCAACUGUUGAUCACUCUCAAAGGCACGUCGGUUCAGCCGCAUUGCAAACAUGGGAUGCCAAGCCCCCCGUUCCAUCUACAUUCAAAAUAUCAUCGGAUUUGAUCGUUUCCAAAAGUGAUGGCCAGUCAUUAUCAAAUGUAACUAUUUACAAACCAGGGAGAGCAUCUGUGACAAAAUCAUCACGAAAACCUAAGGCUAGUACUAAAAUUGCCGCAGCUGCUAAAAAGAGCGAAAGCGUUACUAAAACAUCUACAAAACUGACGGGAAGGCAAGACGUAGCAAAUGCCAGUGAUCGCGUGGUCUACAGAAAUUCAGUGAUGACUAUCUUGCCUGCACAUCCGCGCCUUGUUGUUGUUCCUACAGUAACAUCGUGCCCAUCCGUUGCUUCAAGUGAUGCAGGUCCUUCUACUGUUCUGUACAUAAGUUCGCAAAAUCAAGGCCAGCGGGGACACUGUCCAAUCGUCGCUAGCAGUAACAAUGUUGUUGAUGGUAAAGAACCCACAAUCUCAACCUCGGCUGCAUCGAAAUGAAAUACAAACGCCUAAGGGUUGUGGGCCCGUAGCCUAAGUAUAUUAUUUGCUGCGUUAUAUAUCUAGAAUUAAAUCGAAUGGUGUACAAAGAACUGGGUGAGUAAAGUAAGAAGAUCCGAUAGGGUCAGAAAUGUACCCGUGUUUUCACAAAUUAGGCUUGCUUUAAUUUUUUAAUGCAAGUUUAUACCGAGUCAAAAAAGUGUCAUGCUGGGCAAUAAGCUGGAUUCUGGGCCGUCUCUUGCUACAUCGGUUCAUGCUAGUAACUCAAACAGGUAGUUUUACAAACACUUACUUAGAUGGAUUUUGUAGUGGCAGUUACUCUAUGCCUAGAUCUUUUUUGGUACUUUUACAGAAAGUUUGCAAGUCUUUCCAUUUCUGUCCUGCUUCUGUAUUUUCCUCUUCGCUAUUUAAAGAUUGGCCUAGUUACAAAUUUCGAGCCCUGCCACUGUUAGGCCCAGUUAUUGUUAGGCCCAGUUAUUGCUAGGCCAAGUUACUGUUAGGCCCUGCCAGUGUUAUGCCCUGACAUACCUCAGCCGACUUGAUGAUAGCACGAUGAAUGACGGUUCCCUCCAGCAACUGUGUAUGCUUGUAAUAGCUUUAGAGAUUAAAAGAUUUCGUUCUCAGAUGCAGUCACAUUUUAGAUCUCAUACGAACAUUCAUGUAAUCAAGUAUCACAAAUUUUAGUUGCUGUUACGUGAUUUUUAUUUGAAGACAUUUAUUUGUUACCUUUCUUAGACUGUUUCAUGUUUUAUCUUUUAUAAAAGUUAUAAAUUUUUCAGACCUUUUCAUUUCAGAAUACUUGCUAUCUGAUUCUGUCACAAAACAAAAA